AUGCAAGCACAACCGCAAUACGCGCGUCUCAACGCGUACCACGGCCCAAAACGCAAGCUGCUCGGCAUCCAGGCCGCACAUGCGCCCCCCGCCUGGCGCGGGAGCGCCGCCGCCGGCAAGCGGCCAGCCGUGCCACCACCCCCGGAGAAGGGCAGCAAGAUUCUGCUGAGCCAGCUGCCCGUCGACGUCGGCGAGAAUGAGGUCGAGAUACUCUUCACAAAGACCGUGGGCCCUGUGAAGGAUGUCUUUAUCGUGUACAACUCGCAAGGCAAGUCCAAGGGCAUGGCCGUAGUUUCGUUCGCCCGCACUGCCGAUGCCGCCAUCGCGCGCGCAAAGUACAACAGCAAGAUCGUCGACGGCAGACGGCCAAUCAAGAUUGAGAUCGUCAAGGACGAGGACGAGGCCGCGCAGGCGCCGCCGAAGACACCCUCCUUGCUCGACCGCCUCGCGAAGCCGCCAACGGCGCCCGUACACGCAGCGCAAAAGGCUGCGCCACCAGCCAAACAGCCCCGGGCGCACCAAGCCCCGCGUGCGAAUGCUGCAAAACCACCACAACAACAACGACAGCAGCAGCAAGCGCCUGCCACGACGGCGAAGGCACGUCUGCGGCAGAAGAAGGGCCCGCGACGCCUCAAGAAGGCUGCUGCUGUUAAGAAGACGGCAGCCGAGCUCGACCAGGAGAUGGAAGAGUACCGUGCGAGCGCAGCUACGUGACGAGCCGUCCAAGACAAGGUUUACUUCGCCCCCUGGUCGCUGUUCACAGGCCCUUGAUCAUGAAUGCAGCAUGCUGUGUACCUAUCGUCUCUGUUUCGUUUCAUUGUCCCGGCUCAUCCCUCGUCGUCCCUGCUGUAUAAUAUGCUACAUCAUGCUCU